AUGCCCAAAGCGAACGUUGCUGGCCUGGCUGCUCAAGGCCUCAAGACUUCCGAGCAUGUAUGGUUCGGCAAGAAGGAGUUCAAGGUGAAGGCGAGCUUCAACUGGAGCAACACGGAGACCUCGGGGACCCAGGACAUGCGCUGGGAGCAGACGAAGAAGCUUGAGAUACCCCAAGGCGCUGCCGAAGGGAUUAUCAGCCUCUGGUCACUGGGAACCAUCAAGGACUCGAAGGUGGCAUCCUACUCCUUGGACACGAAGAAGGACAUGCUGGACAAGGCAGAGUCCUUCUUCGGGAAGAAGCAGAAGCUCAAGCUUCAGUACAAGGGGAAGACAGUUGGAACUUUGCUGAUCACCUUCAGGAAGCGAGGAAAAGGCGAGGGCGACAUUGGGGACUGCCCAAUCGAAGGUAUUGACGAGGAUUCGCCGUUGCUGAUUGACAUCAACAACGCCAUCCAGGAGAUGGUCAAGAAGAAGGAGCUCCAGCCAUUGCAAAAAGGCGAGAAGUUGGAUGGUGAGCGCAAGAUCGCCGUGCUGGCCAAAACCCUUCAGGGCGAUCUCCGCGAGAUCGACUUAGAGGGCAAAGAGAAGGGCAAGGUCUAUGUGCGCACCAUCUACUGCAACUUCGCCGAGCUCAAGGGGGAUGACAUGAAGGAGGAGUGGGCAAAGCAAUGCGAGAAAGCUCGAAAGAAAGGUUUGAAAUACCCGCAGCGGAAGUGGUACUUCGCUUGGUAUGGCAGCAAGAACGAGGCUACGGAUCCAGAGAAGUGGCACCACCCGGAUGGCUUCUUUCCCCUCGCCACGAUGACAGCCGUGCACCGAUCGCCCGACAGACAGGACCAGUUCCUCGUCAAGCAUCUCGGACUGCACCAACUAGUGUAG